UGAAAUAGUGCUGACCUCCCCCAGCAAGUCCCACUCACUCUCUCCCCCCCUACUCAGUGUGUCAGGGGCUGGGCUUUCCCUUCCAUGUGAAUCACUGGGCUUCUUCUAUCCCCUGCUCAUUCUGUACAUGCUUUGCUCUGGGCACUUCUCUUCAUGGUUUGGCUGCAAACUGACAGCAAAAGAGGCAGGGGGACCCCUGGGAAACUCCACCAAGAUCCUACAGUAUAAGCAGCUGAUCCCCUGGCCAAGCUUAACAGAGCAACUAUGGCGGAGCUGUGUGAAUCCGAAGGCACCAUAGACUGGGAAGAGAGAUGCAUGACACUGGAGUCCCAGCUAAUGAAGUUUCGCAUCCAGGCCAAUAGGAUCCGAGAGCUGUUAGCAGAGAAGAUGCAGCAGCUGGAGAGACAAGUCACUGAAGCCAAUCGCCGGGCAGAGAAGGCAUAUGAGCAGGUACAAGUUAUGGAAGAAAAGCUAAAAGCAGCCAAUAUUCAGACCAGCGAAGCUGAAACUCGGUGGUAUCAGAAGAGCCAAGACCUAGAGGUGCUGGUGCAAGAGAAGGAUGAUAUUAUUCGCUGUCUGGAGCAAGAACUUGAAGAUCAGAAGCAAAUACGGAUACAAGAAGCAAAGAUGAUAGAAGACAAGGCAGCAAAGAUAAAAGACUGGGUAACAUCAAAACUGAGAGAGCUGGAACUUGAGAAUCAGAAUCUACGCCUAACUAAUAAAAAUUACAAUGAAGAGAUAACUUCUCUGCGUUCAAAGUUACAAGAGAUCAAGGAUAAGAAAUCUUCAGUGGGGGCCACACAGAAGCCAUCAGAAGGUCAGCGACUGAGUAGUUUGACUUUUGGAUGUUUUCAAAACAGAGCAAAAAGCCCCCAGGUGGAUCCAAAACGUGAGGAAAACAGCAAGUCAUUAACAGAAGCAACCGACUGCAGCUAUGAAAACAACAUGAAAGAAAAGGCCCCCAGUAUACAAUGGCAAGAUAUUUCUGAUGCCCAGGCAUCCUUAUCACGGUGUAGCAAGGGGCGGGUGUGCGCAGAGAUCCCCAGUAUCAGUAUCAGUGACUGGAGCUCCGAAGAAGACAUUAAGAAACCCCAGGCAAACGCUAGGUCUGUGUCAGUACCAUCCAGUCAAAUUUCAGAAGAGGGUAAAUGGAACAGCAGAAGUGGGAGUGACCUCUAUCUCACUGUCUCAGAAGACAGCAACUCUGCUUGUGAAGAAGAAGGCGUCGAGCUGCAUAAUAAUAAUAAUGACCAGGCAGUAUUGUACUCCAUGCAGAGAGGCUUACAAAGAAGCCCACAACAUGUGUUCAAUGGCAAAAAAUACUUCACAUUUUCAAAUCAACGGGCAAAACUGGAGAAAUCGACAGAAGAACUGAACAAUAAAUAUUCAUUCCCAGGUCUAGACUACACAUUGUUUUCUAGUGACACCAGCCCCACAUUUUCUUCAAAGAAUGUAAAUUCAACGCCAAGGCCAGGAGGCCAGCAUUCAACCCCCAAAGACUCGGCCACCAACCUACCUUCUCCCAAGCAACGGACUCCUAAUAUCUUAAGCAUGAGCGAGGCUUCAGCCAAGAAGCACCUCAGCCAGCCACAGAUGAGUUCUGACAGAAUGUUCGGUAAAAACAGGAAUGCUAUAAGCAUGGUGAAGCCAUACAGGCCCCAAGAGACAGACAUCGACUUGAUUGAUGAGCAGAGUAGCAUGUUCCAAAAGAUGGAUACAAGCUAUGAUGGAAUAUCAUUUUCAUACGAUACAAGAGAUGGCCAAAACUCAGUAGACAAAGGCACAGUUGGCUUUCCAGAAAAGGCGCAUUGUGCCAAACCCCCGACGCCUCCGCUACAUCGAUUUCCUUCUUGGGAAAACCGUAUAUACUCCAUCGCCAAGUCAGGAAUGAGAAUGUCUGAUGUUUCUUCUGAGCCAAAUAAUAAAGGUAACUUGAUAACAUCAGCAUCAACCUCAGGAGUCUACACAUCUCUGAUAUACAAGAACUUGACAACUCCUGUAUACACCACUUUGAAAGGGAAAGCAACUCAGAUCAGCACCAGUCCACUGGAGGAUUCUUCUGGUUCUGAGGAGGAGGACAGUUCGCGUUCUAGUUCUCGGACCUCAGAGUCAGACUGUCGGAACCAGAGUGAUGCCGGAAGCCCUCGUGCCCUGAAGAGAGGCAUCUCGUUCUCCUCCAUGACAUCAGACAGUGAUUAUGCAAUUCCGCCAGAUGCAUAUUCAAUCGACAGCGAGUUCUCAGAACCAGAACAGAAGCUUCCAAAAACCUGUUCCUCAUCAAAUGACAAUGGCAAAAAUGAGCUUUUAGAAAAGUCUGGAUAUUUGCUAAAAAUGGGAGGCAAAAUAAAAACUUGGAAGCGGCGAUGGUUCGUACUUAAAGGAGGGGAAUUGCUGUACUACAAAUCUCCAAGCGAUGUCAUCCGGAAACCUCAAGGUCAAAUCGAGUUAAAUUCAUCCAGCCACAUCCUGAAGGGGGACGGGAAGCAAACUGUCCAGUUGGUGACAGAGAAGCGCACAUACUACCUGACAGCGGAUUCCCCCAAUAUCCUGGAUGAGUGGGUGCGAGUUUUACAGAGUGUUCUGAAAGUGCAGGCAGCGAGUGUGCUGUUCACACAACCAGAUGUCAAACCGACGGUGAAGGGUUUGCUCACCAAGGUUAAACACGGAUAUUCCAAAAGAGUCUGGUGCACGUUGGUUGGCAAAACCUUAUAUUACUUCCGCAGUCAGGAGGAGAAGUUUCCUUUGGGACAAAUCAAGCUUUGGGAAGCAAAAGUAGAGGAAGUAGACAGAUCCUGCGACUCCGAUGAAGAUUAUGAGACCAACGGACGAAGUUUGUUAUCAACCCAUUACACCAUUGUGAUCCACCCCAAAGAGCAAGAUCCCACAUACCUUCUUAUUGGAUCCAAACAUGAGAAAGAGACUUGGCAUUAUCACUUGACCAUGGCUGCUGGAAUCACCGGUGUGAAUGUGGGCACGGAGUUUGAGCAGCUGGUUUGCAAGCUUUUGAGUUCAGAAGGAGAACCAUGUACACAGAUAUGGAGACAUCCGGUUCUCUGCCACAGUAAAGAAGCAAUAACUUCUGCACUCACCACUUUGCCUUCGGAAGCCCUGCAAACAGAAGCCAUUAAAUUAUUCAAGACCUGUCAGUUAUUCCUCAAUGCGGCUGUGGAUUCGCCGGCCAUUGAUUACCACGUGUCCCUGGCCCAGAGUGCCUUGCAGGUUUGCCUUACCCACCCGGAGCUACAGAAUGAGAUGUACUGCCAGCUUAUUAAACAGACGAGGCACAGGCAGCCCAACAACCAGGCCAGCCCCAUCCAGGGCUGGCAGCUUUUAGCGCUCUGUACUGGACUCUUCCUACCCCAGCACCCAUACAUUUGGCUUCUGAAGCUUUACCUGAGCAAAAAUGCAGAUAACAGGACUGAAGCGGGGAAAUACGCCAUUUACUGCCAGCGCUGCGUGGAAAGGACUCAGCAGAAUGGCGAUCGCCAGGCGAAACCUUCGAGGAUGGAAAUCCUGUCCAUUCUGCUGAGGAACCCGUAUCACCAUUCCUUACCGUUCAGCAUCCCUGUCCAUUUCAUGAACGGCACAUAUCAGGUUGUUGGAUUUGACGCAUCAACCACAGUAGAAGAAUUCCUUUGCACGCUCAACCAGGACAUAGGCAUGAGGAAGCCCGGGCUCUCUGGAUUCGCUCUCUUUACAGAUGAUCCCUCAGGAAAGCAUUUUGAGCACUGCCUACAAGGGAACCUCAAAAUUUGUGACAUCAUCUCAAAAUGGGAACAGGCAUCCAAAGAGCAGCACCCUGGGAAAUGUGAUGGAUCCCGCACAGUACGACUUACCUACAAGAACAGACUAUGCUUUUCAGCACAAACGCGGGGAGAAACGGAGAAAGAAAAGCUGCUAUUAAUGUACCAGACAAACGAUAAAAUAGUUAAUGGAAUGUUUCCAGUUAAUAAGGAGUUGGCAUUGGAACUGGCAGCACUCUUGGCCCAGGUAGAAAGUGGAGACUUUGAACGUCCAUCUCAAACUGCACUUUGUCAAGGGAAGUCUAGCCAAGCAGUAAAGCAAGCCUUGGAGAAAUUCUACCCUAAGAGAUAUAAAGACGACUGCUCUGAAGAGCAACUCAAGCAACUUCAGCAGCGGUUGGCAACGAGGUGGAUAGCCCUUCGAGGCCACAGUGGCUCAGACUGUGUGCGGAUUUACCUGACUGUGGCAAGGAAAUGGGCAUUAUUUGGAGGCACACUUUUUGCAGCAAAACCUAUACUACCAACACCCUUUGAAAAUGCCAUUGUGUGGCUUGCCGUGCAUGAAGAUGGCAUCAGUGUCCUGGAAUAUAACACAAUGAGGCUGCUAUUCACGUACGCACACAGGAGUCUAAUGACCUUCGGAGGUCACCGGGAUGACUUUAUGCUGGUGGUUAACAACACGCUGACAAAGGACAAGCCAUCUGAGAAACUUCUCUUUGCCAUGGCGAAACCGAAGAUACUGGAGAUGACUCUGCUCAUCGCUAGCUACAUCAAUGUGUAUCAUCAGCAGAAGGUGACGGCUCACCACCUCUCCGCCCCAGCCCUUUUGUCUGCCCAGGUCAUGGAGUCUAAAGGAAAACAGAUGGGCAGCCAGCCCCUCUUAUCAAGCAACAGACCAACCAAAGGCCCGACUUUGUUAUGAGUAUUAUAUAUUGUACAAGGGAUUUGUGCCCAAACCAAGAAUGGCACAUUUAUGGCAGUAGUAUAUAGCAAGAUGGCAGAAUGAUGUAGAUAAGUUGCCAACCCAAGUGCUUAAGUGUGUCCCACACCCUUCCUGCAAAAAGUAGGGCCAUGAUGAGAUAUGGAUCACAUGUGCUCAGAAUUCUAUGACGCAUUUAUAUGGUAUGUGCCACAUUCUAAACAAAAAUUUAAUGCAGCAGGUCAUAUAUGCCACUUAUUUAUGAAAUGGAGCACAACGUGGCUGCCAAGCUUGCUAAUAGCAAAAUAAUGUCCUCACCCAGAAGACCACACUAGUAACGCUACUAAGCCAAUCAGGCAAGGUUUGAGAACAUUUAGGCCAGUGAUCCCCAACCAGUGGCUCGGGGGCAACAUGUUGCUAACUAACCCCUUGGAUGUUGCUCGCAGAGGCCUCAAAGUAGGUUCCCAUUUUUGAAUUUCUGACUUGGAGGCAUAAAGACCACGUGUACUGCUAAACAGAGCCUCUAGAAGUCUGCCAGUCCAUAUUGGGCUACUAAUUAACCAAUCUGAGUCCAUAUUGGUCACCUACUAGGAAUGUUGUUGUGCUUGUGUUGCUCCCCAGCUUUUUUCAUUGAAAUGUUGCUCACAGGUAAAAAAGGUUGGGGAUCCCUGAUUUAGGCCAUGCCCCUUAAUCACCUAAACCAUGCCUGCUUUUAGAAAAGCCACACCCACUUUUGGUGUUAGAAAUCAGCACUAUCCUGUCUAUGUUUGGACUGUUGGAAAGUAUGGCAUUGUGGGUAGGCUGAAGGUAGCUGGGGCAAAAUUAUGGUACCGAUUUUGUGUCAAUAUGGCAACUUUUUCACACUAUAAUUUUAUGUAAAUCUUUUUAUAACUUGAUCCCAUGAUUUCAAAACGACAUUACCCAGUUUCCAGGCAAUCUCUUCUACAUGUAUCCCUUAUCCAGAAACUACCCUGCGUGGUGACAUAGCACGUACAUCAAGGGAGACUGCUCAAUGUUUAAUUUUUUUUUACUAUUCAAGUUUUUUUGUGCUAAAAAACUUGAAUUUGAGCUAUGGUACAAAAACUUGAGUGCCUGGUAUUUAUUAAGUGCAAAAAAACCCAAAAGCUUGCAUAUAAAAAUUCGCCAUCUAAAAGCUUGCGAGUUUCUAUAGAAGUCAAUGGGAGUUGUCCAUACAAAGUCAAGCCAUAUUUUCAAUUCGAGAUAUUCGAGUUUUAUUCGGGUUUUACAAACUCAAAGAUUCGAGGUAUGCAAGUUUCUUUUAAUCGCACAAGUUUACCACAUUAAUAAAUAAGCGAGCAUUCGAUAUGCCAGUUUAUUUGAUUUAGAAAAUCGAAUUCACAAACUCGAAAAUUGAAAAUGAAGCCCUUAAAUGUAGUAGAUUUAUGAACAAGGGAAAAAAAAUGUUAAAAAAAUGAAACGUAAACCUAGUUUAACACAUAGUUUAUCAUGUAAAAGGUAUUUUAAUAAUUUUUAGAUUUUUAAAGAUUUAUAAAUAUUAUUUAACUGUUUAUUAGACAUAAAUUUAAUAUGAAAUGAUUUUAUACCGUCAGUUUGGCAGGAGGUUGUUACAGUUUUAGCCAAUAUUUUGUCUUGUUCCAGGAGAAUGAAUUCCAUAUUUAAUUGCCGGAAUAUUUAUAUCUAUAAUUGCACUGCUGUUUUUUUUAUUUUAAGAGAGAUGAUAGAGUCUAUUAUUGCCAUUAGCAAAGCUCUUGCUGAACACACCAAUGCAUUAUUUAUUCAGAUGUUUAUAAGUAGGUUAGUAAAUGCACAUUUCUCAGUGCCUUUUUCAUGUUCUCUUCCCCCUUCCCUCCCAAACCACUCCACCCAUGCACCCCAUUACAGCUUCAUUUCCCCAUUCCUUUUGAUGACAGACAGGGUAGUGCAACAGGGUUGGUAGCUGUCAUGGCUGGGAGCUUGAUUUUCUGUCUCAGGCUCUCUGAUGGUUAUUGGCGGCCUAAUGAGUGAGUAGUUAAGGCCACAACUAGAUAGGAUUCAGUAGCAUAUGCUUUUCGUUGGCAAUCAUUAUCCAUGAGCUUGCAAGAGCAAAUCAAGCCACUAUAUAUAGUUACAUAGUUACAAAAGAUCCAUUGUGAACCCAGAACACACACAAACCUAUACUGAUCUAUACACUCACAUGUAGACCCAUACUGACCUAUCUAUACACUCACAUACAG